AUGCUCGCAAAAUUUGGCCUGUGCGCGGUCUUCCUUGUCCUGGGGACUGCCGCCACCUUCGACACCGACCCGGAGGAAGCUUCUCCUCGCCGUGCACGCUUCUCAUCCAACAGCCCCUCGGAUGUGGCUAGGUGUUUGAAUGGUGCUCUAGCCGUGGGAUGUGGUACGUUUGCCUGCCUGGAGAAUUCUACCUGUGACACUGAUGGCAUGCACGAUAUCUGUCAACUGUUCUUUCACACCGCAGCUACCUUUAACACACAGGGUAAGACGUUUGUAAAGGAGAGUCUGAGGUGUAUUGCCAACGGCGUCACGUCUAAAGUCUUCCAGACCAUCAGGCGCUGUGGAGUCUUCCAGAGAAUGAUCUCUGAGGUCCAGGAGGAGUGUUACAGUAGACUGGACAUCUGUGGUGUGGCUCGCUCUAACCCUGAGGCCAUCGGAGAGGUGGUGCAGGUCCCUGCACACUUCCCGAACAGGUACUACAGCACUCUGCUCCAGUCCCUGCUAGCCUGUGAUGAGGAGACAGUGGCUGUGGUCAGGGCAGGGCUUGUUGCUAGGCUGGGGCCAGACAUGGAGACUCUCUUCCAGCUGCUGCAGAACAAACACUGCCCCCAGGGUUCUAACCAGGGUCCUAACUCUGCCACCGCUGGCUGGCGCUGGCCAAUGGGGUCGCCUCCUUCCUUCAAGAUCCAGCCCAGCAUGAGAGGAAGAGACCCCACCCACCUAUUUGCUAGGAAACGCUCUGUGGAGGCAUUGGAGAGAGAGAUGGAGUAG